UGAUUGGUUGAAUGGUACGGCUUUGUCCAACCACAAGCCUGCUUUUAUCUCGGCCUCUACAAGGAUCCAACAUGGUGCACUUAGAAAACGAAGCCUUUCUGAGCGAGUUGACGAGACUGUUCCAGAAAUCGCGCACAGCUGGAGCAGUGUACAUCACCAUGAAGCAAUAUAAUGGACAGACCAAACCCAAAACAACCAAGCCAAAGACAGAGUUAGUGACAGAACCAGCAGAACACAUGUGUUUAAUAAGGGCUACCAGGGGCAACAAGAAAAUCACCACAGUGAUAAAGGCCAAGGAUAUCAACAAAUUUCAAAUGGCAUAUUCCAACAUCAUCAAAGCAAACAUGGACGGCCUGAAGAAGCGGGACAGGAAGGGAACAAAAGCCAAGUCUAAGAAAGCCAAGGCCACCCAGUAAUGACAAGCAAACUGUAGUCUUAGAUAAUUAAGCUUAAGGGUUCUUAUCUUACAGGGUUCUUAGCCUUCUCCCUGCUGUACAAACCUGGAACCAAUACUAGUACUAGUUUUAGUAUCAAACGACUCCCUCAGCAGGGCGAGGGUUAAACCCUUACAAUAUGUGCUACUCAUAUUCUUUAGUGUUUAUGAAGCCCACAUACUAAUAUUUAUAUUGUUUACAAAUAACUUGUACAUCUGAAUGUUGAUGUUGUUGGAGAUGAGUGUUAAUACUUAUGAGUGUUUUGACACUUCAUUUCUAAGUCAUGGAUUCGAUAGUACAAAUGUAUAUGUAUUUCAUUUUUAUGAUCAUGAUUUCAGGAAAUACAACAUGUGCAUGUAACAUGAUUAUAAUUUUGUUAAUGAGAAUAUUCGCUACUACACUGAUUAUCCUUAUACUGUUACCUUGAAUGAUUUUGCUAAGGAUAACAUGUAUCUACAGAAAGGCCUGCUGACAUGAAUAGUUUCUUAAAUUGUGUUAGUUUACUAAGACUUAGUAUGUUGAAUUUGAUAAUUCUGGCAGUGUGCCAUUGUACAAAAAAGUAAAGAGCAAAGACAAAAGUAAAGAACGGAUUAUCGUGUUUGGUGACACAAUGUUGACUUGGCAUGCAGGUGUGUAUAAUAUAUUCUUCUGUUACUCUUCAGGUAAAUGACUCUGACAUGUUAAGUCAAAUGGACUAUAAUUGAAAUGAGUGAUCAGAAUUCAGAAGGCUGUUAUGUAUACUGUUUGGCUUCCUUGGGCAAAGGAUGAGUUUGUAGUUUUUAUUUGAUUACAGCCUUGGAUUGUCAUUGAUUAUUACAUGUGUCUGGCAACUUGCUUGAUUUAACAUUUGGAAAAUUUAGUUUGGGUAUGCUUACUCAGUAACCAUGAAAUAUAUUGAAAAGAUGAGAUGAAGUAUUUACUGAUACUUUUUAUGUCUGAGUUACAGAACACAACUUGGAGAAUCAGUGUGAUUCUUUUUAAAUUCUUUUGGAACAUAGAGGAUAUAAAACGUUACAAUGUGCAAAAUUAUUUCCAA